GCGUAUCUGAAAUGCCUCCGUCGGUCUUCCCCCGACACCGAUGGCGAUGGACGUGUGCCGACCAUCUGCAAGUCUGCUUGUAUCUCUGCAACGAAAUGGUCACCCAAAAAGUUGUGCUGAUAGGUAUCGGAGGGGCGAGCUGCUCGGGAAAGACGCUGCUGGCCAAGCACAUCAGCCAAGCGUUGCCACAGAACGCAAUCAUCAUUCACCAGGAUGAUUUCUGUCCUCCCGCGGACCAAGUGCCCUAUAGCAAAGAGUAUCCGGACCUGCAGGAUUGGGACGACCCAAGUUCCUGCAUUCUUUGGCAAGAGUUGCAAGGCUUUCUGGCAAAAGUCAGACAAACGGGCCGAGUCGAGGAUCACAGCUCGCAUGAUCAUCUGAACAAGCAGAACAAGAUUCCAAUUGACCAAGUGGUGUUUGAACGUUGGGCGGAGGCUUUCAGGAGUCUGGAUGCGGAACAAAGGCAGAAAGGUGUGGAGCUUAUCUGGGUCAUUGUGGAUGGCUUUGUGCUAUACUGGGACAAACUUGUGACAGAUAUGCUGGAUAUCCGAAUAUUCCUUCAAGUGCCUUAUCAGACCUUGAAAGAUCGACGGGAGCAGCGCCAGACUUAUGUUCUCCAACAUCCUGAUGAUGCCGCCGAAGGAGGAGUUUGGACAGAUCCGCCCGACUACUUUGACAAGAUCGUCUGGCCCGGAUAUCUCAAGGCUCAUUCCCAUGUGCUUGACGGGCCGGGCUUGACUCAACUCAAACCUGAAUGGGGUCCGAAGGGACUUGAUCUCCAUGUCAUAUGUCCUGGGGAAGGAGCAGAUGAGUUGUCCGAGGCGUUUGACAAGAGCUGCCAAGCUGUGCUCAAGGGCGUGGAGAGCGGAAAGGGCAGCAUCAUUGCUUGA